AUGUCUCCCUACAGCACCGGAAACUCCCUACAGCUUCCGGGAACUCCCGGCGGGCAGUCUGCGGAUUUCACCAGUGGAGGUGGCCCUCGAGCCGGAAGACGCGUCCCAGCGUAUGGCGGAAGUAGCGGUGCGUGUGACGCCGCCGGCGGGGGGGGCGGGACCUGGGGCGGAGAGCGGUUCGCGCGCUUCGGGCCUAGUCGGGACUCUCCGCGGCCGCCGCCAUAUUCCCGUGGCAUCUUUCUUACUUUGUCCGUUCUCCGGGCUCGAGAGCGUAUUUCCGGAGCCAUGUCAGAAGGAGUGGACUUGAUUGAUAUAUACGCUGAUGAAGAGUUCAACCAGGACUCGGAGUUCAACAAUACAGAUCAGAUUGACCUGUAUGAUGAUGUGUUGACGGCUACCUCACAGCCUUCAGAUGACAGAAGCAGUAGCACUGAACCACCCCCUCCUGUUCGCCAGGAGCCAACUCCCAAACCAAACAACAAGACCCCUGCAAUCCUGUAUACAUAUAGUGGCCUGCGGAGUAGACGAGCAGCUGUCUAUGUAGGCAGCUUCUCCUGGUGGACUACAGACCAACAGCUGAUCCAGGUUAUUCGCUCUAUAGGAGUCUAUGAUGUGGUGGAAUUGAAAUUUGCAGAGAACCGUGCAAAUGGCCAGUCUAAAGGGUAUGCUGAGGUGGUGGUAGCCUCUGAAAAUUCUGUCCAUAAAUUGCUGGAACUCUUGCCAGGAAAAGUUCUUAAUGGAGAAAAAGUGGAUGUGAGGCCGGCCACCCGGCAGAACUUAUCACAGUUUGAGGCGCAGGCUCGGAAACGUGAGUGCGUCCGAGUCCCAAGAGGGGGAAUACCUCCACGGGCCCACUCCAGAGAUUCUAGUGAUUCCGCUGAUGGACGGGCAACUCCCUCUGAGAACCUUGUACCCUCAUCUGCUCGUGUGGAUAAGCCCCCCAGCGUGUUGCCCUACUUUAACCGUCCUCCUUCAGCCCUUCCCCUGAUGGGUCUGCCCCCACCCCCAAUUCCACCCCCACCACCUCUCUCCUCAAGCUUUGGUGUCCCUCCUCCUCCUCCUGGUAUCCACUACCAGCAUCUCAUGCCUCCCCCUCCUCGAUUACCUCCUCAUCUGGCUGUACCUCCCCCUGGGGCCAUUCCACCAGCCCUUCACCUCAAUCCAGCCUUCUUCCCCCCACCAAAUGCUACAGUGGGGCCUCCACCAGAUACUUACAUGAAGGCCUCUACACCCUAUAACCACCAUGGCAGCCGAGAUUCAGGCCCUCCACCCUCUACAGUGAGUGAAGCUGAAUUUGAAGAAAUAAUGAAGCGAAACAGAGCAAUUUCCAGCAGUGCCAUUUCCAAAGCAGUGUCUGGAGCCAGUGCAGGGGAUUACAGUGAUGCCAUUGAGACACUACUCACAGCCAUUGCAGUUAUCAAACAGUCCCGAGUCGCCAAUGAUGAGCGUUGCCGUGUCCUCAUAUCCUCUCUUAAAGACUGUCUUCAUGGCAUAGAGGCCAAGUCGUACAGUGUGGGUGCCAGUGGAAGCUCUUCCAGGAGUCUGGGUGGAAGCAAAUUGUUUUUAAUGGACUUGCAUCUCCUCACCUUGAUCAGGACUAAAGGACGGAGGCCGCUCCACCCCUUUCCCCUCUUCCAAACCCCUAACUUCCUCCAGGCAAUACCCUCUGCCCUACAGGAUUGAAGAUGGCUUGGCAGCCCUCCCAAUCCCACACCUCCUGUUUGCCAGAAGGGGAAGAACCUAAAGACUUUAUGGGGUAGGAAAUGGGGGCAGACAGGAAGACAGCAAUGUGUCCAGCCCCUAGUCUCCAUAGAGAAUGGUGCUUUGUCCAAGGAAACCUGAGUUUCUGAUUCCCCAGGAGCAGUCAAUGGUGAGAUUACUGAGAAAACUUCCUUCCCAGAGAAAACGGAUCCUCUUUGUGGGAUCUUAGAAGAAUGACUGGGUGUGCCAAAAAUACCUAAGGGUUCUGCCCUCGGUACUAGAUUUGGUGGGGGCAAGAGGGUCCAAACCCUGCUAACAUACCACUUCUUUGUUCAACUCUUUACCUUUGUAGCCCUUUGAGGAGGGACCAUGAGAACAGAAACUACCUUGUGACAAGCUGCUGUUCUAGGUUUUCUCUCUCACGUAUUGAUGGUUUAUUUCCCUGGCCUUCUAGAGGGCUAAAUCCUUUUGACUCCUUGCUAUCUGAUUCCUCAGUGGACUUGCCCCUCGAAAGCAAAACCCAGGAGGUUGCUUUCUCCUGGAAGCCUAGCCAAGCCAAUUACCACCAUUUACUGCUUCAGGCUCAGUUGUCUGUUGCAAUAACCAGCUCUUAGGUGUUCCCUUUCCCUGGGGCUUUCCAUUUAACAUGGAUUCCUUCCCCCAAGAAGGCUUCUUCCUUGUUUUAGAGGAAGGUACUGCCUUUGGGACAUAGGGAUGUCAUGGGACCUCAGUAAUGAGGACCCCUAGUUACGUACCAGGAGUGUGGGGAAGAAAGCAAUUUGAGCAGGAUGUGGCCUACUUGCAUGGGCUCUUCUUUUUCAGGUUUGAUGUAAGCAUGGGCUUGCAUCCCCACGGUACAUUCUUUGACUUAUUGUGGGAUUACUCAGCACUAAUAGGCAGGUAAAGUCACAGAUGUGGUGUUUUGUGUUUUUUCCCCCCCUUUGGCUAUAAUACUCCCCCCCACUUGGCCUGGAGGUGCUUCCUGCCUUUGACAAAGAACAGAGAAGAAGUGAAGCCUGAUUUAAGUGAACUCAGCUCAGAGUUCUAAGGACCAGCACACGGGUGACUAUUUUCUGCACAGGCAGAUGGAAUUGCUUUUCUCAGCAUCCAAAUUGUGAUAGGUUGCUCCUGCAGGAGGUAGCCACAGUCCUGGAGUACCAUAGGGUGAUGUUCCUUCUGCAUGCAUCUGCAGGGUCUAUGACAUCUAAUGUGAAAAGAGAUGUGGCAUGUGAGAUCAGACUAGGUGUAUGAGGCAGGGGGUCAUUGGAGACCCAGUAGACUCAGAGGAGAGAAACUGAAUUGGAUCCUUCCUCUCUUUGCAGCACACUUCAGUCACUGAGGGAGUAUCCCCUAGGGUUUGAGAGGCUCAUUCACUUGGGACAGAGGCUACAAGUUGUAGCUUAUCUUCCUGCCUCCCAAGCCGAUCCUUAUUCCACUUCAGAACAUGGCUGGCACCCUGCCCAAUUGGCUAAGUGUUAAGUGAUGUGCUUAUUCUUGAAAGCAGUGUGGGGUGUCUUUUUAAAAUGUAGAGAAAACCAAGUAAACUGACAGUUAAGGAAAAACAAUAUAUAAAAUAUCAGAAAAGCUGUUUACCUGGAGAAUUAUUUUCUCCCCGUUUUUUUUGUUUUUACUCAAUGACAGAAUUUUUAGUUUUAUUCCUCAUAGCAAAGGGAGAAAAAAAAAAUCCCAGCCCUCAAAAGGUCAAGGCCCCGUCCCCCUGUUGUCAGUGAUUUGUUUGUCUUUCUGAUAGGUUGAAAAUUGUGUAAUAAACUUGAUGACGAUGUCAAUCUUUUAUACUGCAUUGUAUUUUUUUCCUUUUGUAACAAAAUAUUUUUAAAUAAUAAAUGGGGUGUGAGCUGUU